AGCACUGGGGGAGAUCUGUCUUUAUGUUUUACGUUGACUGUAAACAGUGGCUGGCUUUAAGUAGAGAACGAAUUAUUAAUAAUUUAUGAUUAAAUUAUCGUUUUAAACGUUUUAUUUGGCGUAAACCGACCGACUUUUUUGCGGGUGGGGGGGGGGGGUAGUUUGUGGAAAUGGCGGUACCUAUAAGCUAACGUUAGCUAAGAUUGCUGUGGUGAACGCAGCUGAAGGACUAUAAAGUUAAUAAAAGGUCGGUUUUCAUGGCCGUUUUGAUUAAGCGCUUACCCACGGAGGUCCAGGGCAAACUGCGCUCCGGUGUGGCGAUACCCUCCCUGCAGCAGUGCGUGGAAGAACUCGUGUUAAACAGCAUCGACGCCGAAGCGACAUGCGUGGGAGUGCGUGUGGACCUGGAGGCGUUUAAAGUCCAGGUGGUCGAUAACGGCCAGGGGAUGAGCGCCGAGGAUGUCGAUCGUGUGGGAAACCGAUACUACACCAGCAAAUGUAGCUGCCUGGAAGACCUGGACCAUCUCAGGUUUUAUGGAUUCAGAGGAGAAGCUGUGGCCAGCAUAGUCUCUUUUGCCAAACUUGUCGAGAUCUCAUCCCGAAGCAGAACAUCAGCAAAAACGCAUGUAAAAAUCUUCAAGGAUGGCAAAGGCUUGGAUGUCUUUGAAGCAGAAAGCAUUCGACCGUCUGCAGGUACGACUGUUGUGAUCUGUAACUUCUUCCACAACAUGCCAGUUCGCCGGAGGAGGAUGGACACUGUGCUGGAAGGAGAGCGGAUUCGACACAGAGUCGAGGCUGUAUCCCUCAUGCACCCUUCUGUGUCCUUCACCAUGAAGAAUGACUGCACAGGAGUCAUGAUGGUGCAGCUUCCCAAAGCCAGAAGCACCUACUACCGCUUUGUGCAGAUACAUAGCCUUGGACGAGCACAGAAACUGGGGGAAGUGUCACACAUUCGCGGGCAGUUUGAAGUGAUCGGGUACAUUGGCAGAGAAGGCCACUACAACAACAGUUUACAGUUCCUGUACGUAAAUAACAGACUACUCCUGAAAACACGAAUACACAAGCUGCUGAACGUUCUGCUGCGCAGACUAAGCGCUUCCAACCAGAAAAACGACAAUCCAGAUGGGCAGGCUCCCAUCAGGAGUCCAAAACACAAGCGUGGCCAAGAGCUUCAUGGGGUAUACAUCAUUAAUAUCAAAUGUGCUUACUCGGAGUAUGACAUCUGCCUCGAUCCUGCAAAAACUCUGAUAGAGUUCAAAGAUUGGGAUGGUAUUUUGCUUUGCAUAGAAGAGGCAGUAAAUGCAUUUUUGAGCAGGGAGAAUUUGGUGGUUUCACUCUCUCCAGAAGAUUUGGAGAAUGCGUCCUCCACAUUUGUGGGUACUGUGGAACAUGGCAACAAUGGCUCUGAAGACAUCCAAGCAGCUGUGGGUGCUUCCACACUAGACUGCUGUAUUGGACUGACGCUGGCAUCUCAGAAUGUUCAUCGAAAGCACCAUGAUGACUUUCAACGUGAAGACUAUGUUUGCCAGGAGUCUAAAGGAGAAGAGGAACUGCGAGGGCAAGAAAAUCUUAAUUCAGACAAGGUGAAGAUGAUCCAUGGAAAUGAAGCAUUGUGUGAUUUGGAGAUCGACUCUGAGCGCGAAGUGGCACAAGUGGAAAAGCCGACUUCGGGCAACAUUGAGGAAGGCUGUGAAAGUGCUGUAGGUAUCUCAGGCAGACAUUUAGAAGAGAAACAGCUAGAAUCUGCAAAGUUAAGAGAGAUGCGUGUAAUUUCACAGGACAGCAUUAAUAAGGAAUUGAGGCCUGACUCAAAUGGCACCGAGAAGAUUCUCCCAAACUCUCACGAUACAGGAGGUCAUGAACUUAUGAAAAGAAAGAUCAGUUUAUCUGAUCCGUACGUUCAUGAAAGUCUUAAGACUCGUAACAUGUCCCAGAACUGUUGGACAAUGUUUCAGCAGCACAGUUCAGGACUAGAAAGUGAAGGAAAAGCUGUGGUGGAGAAAUGCAAAAUUUCACUGACAGAGGACUCGAUGAAAACCCAUGCCCCUGCUGUCCCUUUAAAGAUUCCCAAAAUCUUAGCUUGUCAGAAGUUGUGUUUUCAAAAGGGGGCUGCAUCUCUUGACAAGUUUAGAAGAAUAUAUGGUAAAUCUGGAGAACUGAAAAUACCCUCCGUAAGGAACAACACUUGUCAUUUACUGAACCCUGCCAGAUGUUCUCGGACAGAUGGCUUUGGGGCGAAUCCAAAGAAUUUGUUGGUUUCCCAGAAAGGCCUGCAAAAGGGGAAUGUAACUGACAUUCAGAGUAACCUCAGCAGUUCAUCAGUGCUUUCAAAAAAAGCAAAAUCAUUCUCAGGUCAGAACAGAGCUAAAGAAAUGUCUUUGGCUGCUAAACUCUGCCUUUUAAGACAAGACGAGACUAAAGCAUCACAGGAUGUGUUAACCAGCAUGUCAAGAACUACCUCUCAGGACACUACCUGUGUUGACGGUGCUAAUGGAGGCAUCCAAGUUGGCAGCGACGACAGUCACUGUGAUGCUGCGCCGGAUCCUGAGGCAAUCCCGUGUUGCAGCACAAAUGCACAGCUGCUGGAGAGAGAAGAAGCUCCACCAUUGGGCGACUGGAUUCAUCACUACGAUCCAUUUGUGGGAAAGACGGUUUACGUGAACAAAGUGACCGGGCUUAGCAGAUACGAGGACCCUCCCACAGAAGAAAUGCAAGCACAAUGUACAUCUGAUGUCACCAAUUUGGCUGUUAGUGUCGUCACUGAAACGGGGAUGGAGUACAGGUGCUACCCAUUUCAGGUGGCUCUAGUUUUGCCCUUCCUACCUAAAUCCAGAGCAGACAGAGUGAUUAGCUCAGGGCGUGAUGUCAGAGAUGAUGACGGGGAGGUUGUCAACUCGCUUUCCUCGCUGUACUCAAAGUGGAAUAAUCCUGUAUUCGUUCGACCUCCGCGGGUUGGCGUGGACAUAUCAAGUGGGCAAGCUAACGGACUGGCUGUAAAGAUUCACAACAUCUUGUUUCCAUACCGUUUUUCUAAAUCGAUGAUUCACUCGAUGAAGGUUAUAAAUCAAGUGAAUAAGAAGUUCCUCGCGUGUCUCAUCAAUGCCAAAGAGGAUCAGCCUCCAGCACUCAAAGAAACUGAAGAGUCUGCAGGAAAUCUGUUGGUGCUCGUUGACCAACAUGCAGCACACGAGAGAGUUCGACUUGAAAGUUUGAUUGCAGAUUCAUAUGAAGAUGACUCACAUGCACCAGGGGAACGGCGUCUGCGCUCAUCAACCAUUUUGCCACUUCUUGAGAUCAGUGCAACAGAAGAUGAGCUCCGUCUGCUGAGGUCUUGUCAGCCACAUUUCAGAAGUUUAGGUCUGGAGGUUAAGUUCUCACAUGCGGGAGAUCUGCAUGUACUUGUAGGGAAGGUACCAAUGUGCUUUGUGGAAAAAGAGAGUAACGAGCUCAGGCGGGGGAGACCAUCUGUCAUCAGGCCAAUAGUUGAGGAGUACCUCCAGGAGCAGAUUGAGUUACUCCGCUCAGCUGGAAGAGUGAGAGGGACGCUGCCGUUAACUGUGCUGAAAGUUCUUGCCUCUCUAGCAUGCCACGGGGCUAUCAAAUUCAAUGACAGCCUGAGCAGAGACGAGUGCUGCAGCUUGGUGGCGUCCUUGUCAGCCUGCCAGUUGCCCUUCCAGUGUGCUCAUGGUCGUCCAUCCAUUGUUCCCUUAGUUGACAUCCUGCAUUUAGACAGAGACCAAGAGGAAAUCCUCAAACCCAACCUCCAAAAGCUGAGAGGAAUGUAUAAAACACAGCAGCUAUUUGGAAAUACAUAAGUGGGUGUGUAUUGUGUUUUAAAUAUGUGUGUAAAUUUGUCAGUGAAAAUGAAUUGUAAUUAAUAGAACAUGUCUUUGGUAAAUUAAUAAAAAGAGACUGGAAAAGAAAA